AUGAGUGAUGUCGAGGCAGUCGCUUUGCCAGCUGCCCUGGAUGUCGGUCAGAUCACCGCUGCUGUGAAGGUGGAUGGGGAGCCGUCGGUCAGCGAAAAGGUGCCCGAGUCACACUCAAGGCCCGGCAUCGAUCGCGAGCAGGCUGUCGAAUCCGACAACGAAGGACCUCCGAGUCCCAGAGCCGACUCGGAGGCAGAAACCAUUAUCCAAUCCGGUCGUGAAUCCCUCUCCCCUGAGAAGAAGCGCAAGCAUAUUCGGCACAACCCCCUACGCCAGCCGCUGGGCGACACGGACGCCGUUGAAGGGCACCUGCGCAAGCGACCGCGCAUCGAUGGCGAGUCUCGGGGCGAGGCAGACCGAAGCUCUCGGUCGGCCAGUCCGUCCCAGCGAACUGGCCCUCCGUUAGCGUCGGUGGUGAAGAUCGAGAAGGCAGAUGAACACGAUUCUCUCGCGGAGGCUGUGCCGGAUCAUGGCUCGUCCAAGCCAAAUCACCGCAAAAGAAGUUCCAGUCGAGGAAACCACGCAGGCUCUUCGGAGGAAAGAGCGACCGGCCCUUCCCGCGACCUCCUUAAAGAUGUCAAUAACAACAUCCGAUUUUCACCUCCCUCCAAGGCGCGUUCCGUUUCUCCUACUCGAGUCUCUCACGCCCGAUCCGCCUCUGGUUCUCAGGUUCCUUCUCGAAAGAAAGCUCCCACUCCUCUUCUGUCUGGUUUCCCACGGCAAGCCUCAGAAGAUCGACAAUCCACCUCGUCUUCUGCCAGCGGCUCCCCGCUACCCAGUGCCCGCCUGCGCAAACUUGGGUCUGGGGAUGGCACCUCUGCCUCCCCUGCCAAACAGAUGGGCCCCAAGAAGUUGCGCGAUAAGAGCGGACGCACACCGCUGGCGAGAGCGUGUGCCGAACGAAAAUACGACCAGAUUGUCUCUCUGAACGGCGAGACCGAGAUUGUGAAGUUUUUGUUGGACGCCGGUUGUGAAAUAAACACCAAGAAUAUCGACAAGGAUACCCCGUUGAUCGAUGCGGUGGAGAAUGGCAAUGUUGAUGUGGUGAAACUGUUAUUGGAAGCGGGCGCAAACCCUCGAACCGUGAAUGCUGCAGGAGACGAGCCCUAUGAACUCGUUCCCUCGGAGCUUGAUGACGACGAUUACCAGGAGAUGCGAAAGACCCUCGCAGAUGCCAAGGCCAGCUCGCGGCCAGGUCGACGCUCAGAGGAACACAGUAUCGCGGCAUCGCAUUCGCGACGGGCCUCAGGCGCCAGCCCUUCGCCUCCACUAAUUGGGCCACGCAGCCCGGCCCAGACGGGUGCAACGGGUCGACGUAAGACAGGACGCAGUGAAGCCACGCGGAACGAUCUGUUGUGGACGAAACCGACACUGGAAAACCUUCAAGUCUUUGCAUCCAAGGGCGACGAGGCCGGUGUGGUCAGCAUCUUGAACAUCUUACAGAAAGCCGACACCGCGUCCUUGAUUGCUGCAGCAAAGGGCUGCCACCACGACGUGCUGUCCCUUUUGUAUGCGAUGGGCAAUGCAGACUCGGACCCAAACCCUGACCUUGACCACAAACCCGGUUACAACACCCCCAUGCUGGCUGCUAUCGGUCGUGGCAAGCCUGCCGUUGUUCAACUGAUUCUCAACCAACCGGGCUUCAACCCAACCCGCCGACUGUUCGAAAAUCUGACGUACUAUGAGCUCGCGCGAGCUCGCCAGGGCGAGGACUGGGAGGAAGAAUAUGACAUGCUCAAGGAUGCCUAUGACAACUACAAUGGUGGUGAUGGCCGCAAGGGCGAUACCUCAUCUCCGCGACGCGCGCGCGCAAAGGACAAGGAAGAUAAACGCACCGCGCGCAAACGAUCCUCCUCACCUGUCGCUCGCACUUCCAAGAAGCCCAACACUAGCCCCAACGCUGCCCGGCGUCGCGAUCCCUCAGCCUUCGACGGUGAUAAAGAGAAGAGACGCGAGAAGGGGAAGACGGUGGGUUCACGUGGCAAGGCAUCUGCCAAAGAUGCCAGUGACAGUGCGAUGGGUGGCUCGGACCAUGAUUCACGUCCCGCGAAGUCUACUGCCUCGGCCAGAAGAGGCAGCGAAUCAAGCACUAUGGCACGCAACGAUGAAGUCAAAAAGAGACGACUCAUCGCAGGACGUCGUCCCGGUCCAGAUCAGGAUCGACGACCCAGCUUGUUCUCUUCGGAUUCUCUAUCGGGACGUGAAGAAACCACCAAGGCCCGUGCUGACGGGCCUGAGUCGCUUUCAUCUCUCAAGCGCAUUCGCGCCGAUACUUCACCAGAACGAUCUCGGUCCCGUGGUAGCCAUGGCGACCAAUUGUCUACUGAGUCGCAAAAGAAGAAGCGGCGCAUGCUCUCCGAGGCAAAUGCCAACGGCGCUUCCCGCAAAUCUGGAAACGAGCCUGUGGAUGCUGAUAAGCCCACUUCUCAUGAUGAUCCUUCGCGGAUGGAUGAAAACACGACGCGAAAGUCUGGAGAGCCAUCGAAGAAGCCUGUCGCUCCUGAAUCGUCGCCCAAGGAAGAUGCCGUUAUGGAGAAUGGGGUCGUGAAGGCUGAACCGCAAGAGCCGAAGGCGAGUGAAGUUCCAACGGAUGAGAAGCGGACUGAAAUGGAUGCUGAAGAACGUCAGCGAGCUGAGGUGAAGAAGGCCGAGGAUGAGCGCGUUGCCGAAGAACGACGUGUUGCUGACGAGGAGGAGAGAGCUCGACUGGCCAAGGAAGAGGCGGGCCGAGCGGCUCGCGCUGCUCGCGAAAAGGCUGAGGAGGACGAGCGCAAACGCAAGGAAGCCGAACAGCGGCGAAUCAAGCAGGCUGAAGACGAGCGCCAGAAACGCCUGGAUCAGGAACGGGCCCGAAUGGCGAAAGUCCGUCGUGACCAAGAAGAACUGGAGCAGCGACGUCGCGACGCCCUUCCCAUUCGCCUCCGUGUGGCUGCCAAUUUUGUGGGGUCCAAUGACCCUCGCGCGAGAAGUCAUUCUUGGCUGAAGAGUUUCAUGCCCUUGGUCACUGCGCUCACCAAGCAGCUUGAACCCACCUGUGAUAAGGAGAUGGCGGACGAGAAAUGGAUUCCGAACUACUUGGUUGCACCCUUGCUGGCGACCAAUGACCUCCAACUUUCGCAAUAUGCCAGCUGGGAGAAACGCAAAGCGACGCCAACUCAACGCAUGAAUCUGUGGCGAGUCACUCGACGGAUGCUCAUUCAGGCGGAUGAACCCGAUUUCCACGACUCGUCCGUUGGCCAGAUCCUGCAGAAAGACUGCGACACGCGAUCCAAAUACUUCGACAUGGAGCAUGUAUUUUGGAUUCGACUCUCCGACUUCAUGGACCUCGUCCCGCAUAUCCCCCAUCUGAACGGGCUGCAGUUCCAGUUCCUCAGCAUGCAUAUCGACCAAGAGUCCUUCUCUGGCGGACUGGGCGGCACUGCCCAGCCAAACGGCCAUGCUGCUUCGGUCGACACCUCCAGCGGCUCUCCUUCCGGUUUACUGAAUGGCUAUGGACACUCGCGGCCUAGUACAUAUGUCUAA